AUGCGCACUGCAUUUCUUGUAGUUGUGGCAUAUGAAAUUCAAAACAUUUUCUUGACCUUUCAUACUAGAAUUGCUGUGACUGCAUGGUUCUUUGAAAUAUAUUUGAAAUCUCAGUUGUCGUGGAAUGUGAUAAUCCAUGCUGGGAUUCUUGAUGUUGAAGGCGUAAUGCUUCCGAAGGCAAUUGUUAGUCGCCUCAUGGAUGACUUUGCUGCAAAGAAGGCCUCAAAAAAUCUUGGUUACUUUAUGUCUCUUACUACAUUGGAGAGGAUUGGGGAAGGGAAAGUUCAAGAACACACUGAUGAUGUGCUUUUCCCUGUGGAAUUCAGCUGUGUUACCUUCAAGAUGUUCCGUGGAGAGAUCUUGGAAGGAAGGGUUGUUGACAAUAUCUUUAAGCACGGUGUCUUUUUGAGAUGUGGCCCCACCGACAAGGUAUACCUCUCACAUCAGAAGAUGGCAGAUUAUAAGUAUGUGCCUGGAGAAAAUCCUAUCUUUAUGAAUGAGAAGAUGUCAAGAAUUGAGAAAGACACUGUGGUGCGUUUCAUUGUGGUUGGAGCAAGGUAUGUGGAGGCGGAGAAGGAAUUCCAAGCAGUUGGGAGCUUGGAGGGUGAUUACCUCGGACCCAUCUCACAAAAUGCUGUUUAGAUUUCGGUUAUUCACCAUCAUUGGCUCAUUUCAGACAUAGACCAGUGACAUGUAAAGCUAACUUCUGUAGCUAUAUCUGUGUUUAGUACUGUAUAGCAUUGAAUGUGACUUUUUCGUUGAUGUUGCUGACCCUCUCUUUAGUGUCUUCGGUUGGCUUAAGCCCUCAAGUGGUCAUGUUCUUCGCAGAUGCAUUUACUUGUUAAGGUGAUAAACCUUUACUCAAAAUACCUUUCUGAAGUGUCUUGUUCUCUCGACUGAUUUCUCUCUAUGUUAAUUUUGUUAUUAUGUAUUAAAAAUGUUCUGAUCAGUA